AUGAUCAGUGUAUUUUACAUUUUUAAAUUAUUAUUAUUUAAUAUCCUUUUAAUAUCUUUACUUUCAAUAAUUUUAAUUGUUCGAGCUACAAUUUCAAAAGAUUUUUCAAACUUUUUAAUCAGAGAAUAUGGGGAGGAAGUAGAAAAGUUAAUUGCUAGAAGAGAUUUAGGUUUUGGUGGAAGUUUUGGGGGUGACCAAGAGAAUGAAGGAAAUAAGUUAAUUUAUCGUUGUAAAUUUCUAAAGUUAUCAUGAUUAGGUGCAAUAUUCCAUGGUUCCAAUUAUUAUAUUGGAUAUAUCUAUAAACCUUGGAAUGAUUAGGAAUCGUAUAAGC